AUGCAACUUAAGUAUUCCUCUAAUAUUAUGCCAGCAUUGGAUGGCAUGCAAAAAGUGAGUGGGCUAGCAUGGUCAUACAACGGUCUAAAAGACUUCGGGGUUUGUACGGCUGAUAGGAAAAUAUUAUUAUUUAAUGAUCAAUUGGGUAAGGAGGACAAUUUCCCAACCAAGCCUUCAGACAAGACAUAAUAGAAAUCAUAUGUAGUGAGGGCAGUUGAAUUUUCUCCAGAUUCAACCAAGAUAGCUGUUGCUCAAUCUGAUAAUAUAGUGUAUGUAUAUAAGAUUGGAGCAAAAUUUAAAGAGAAAAAGACAAUCUGUAAUAAAUUCCCAGCCUCUUCCUCAAUUACAACAUUGAUAUGGCCAGCAUAACGAGAGAAUGAUAUCAUAUUCGGAUUGGCAGAAGGAAAGGUAAAGAUUGGAUUUUUGAAAAAUAAUAAAUCUCAAAUAGCAUUCACAACAGAAUCCUACGUAGUAAGUAUGGCAACCAAUAGGGAUGGAGAUGUGGUUGUAUCCGGCCAUCUUGAUGGAUCAGUGUACAGUUACAACUUAGACACCCAAUAAUCAUAGAAGUUAGUAGUUCAUCAUUCAAUACCUUAUGCUUUGGCUUAUGGAUAACAUGUGGCAGCAGCUGGUAAUGAUCAAAAGGUCUCAUUCUAUGAUAAUUAUGGUAAUCUGGUUCAAAGAUUUGAUUACACUUAAGAUGAAAGAUGCAAGGAUUUCUCAGUUGGAGCUUGUAGUCCUAAUGGAGAUAUCAUAGUAUUGGGUAAUUUUAAUAGAUUUUAUCUUUACACAUACAAUCAAAAGAGAUCUCAAUGGGAAGAAAUAGGACAUUGGUGUUGGAAGAAUGACUCAUCAAAAUUGAUUACUGGAUCUCUAUGUGGAUCAGUAGAUGCAUGGGAUAUUUCUAUGAAAAAGAUUAGAUUUAAGGGGAAAUAUGAUUUGAAUUAUAUUGGUCCAUCAUAAAUUGUCAUUUAAGUGUUAUCGACUAAUUAAUAAGCAGUCAUUAGAUCAUCAUAGGCUGAAAUAUCAAAGAUUGAUAUAAAGAAAGAGAGAUUUGUAGUUGCUAAAACACAUGAGACUUUGAUUGUGGGAGAUUUGGCUACAGGGAAGACAUCAGAAGUCAGUUGGAGAGGAAGUGGAAACGAAAAGUUUGAUUUUACAAAUGAAAAUAUUUGUAUGGUAUUCAAUGCAGGAGAAUUGACUUUGAUUGAAUAUGGAAGUGAUCGUAUUUUGGGUACUUGCAGAACUGAACAUAUGAAGAAUUCACUUAUCAGUGCUAAGGUUAGUUAUACUGGGUAGAACAAGACUAAAGUGAUUGCCUUUUUAUUGGAUCUACAAACCUUAUAGAUAUAAGAUUUAACCACUAAGAGUAUUAUUGCUACAAUUGCACAUGAUACUAAGAUUGAUUUCUUAGAAUUGAAUUCUCAUGCCAACAGAUUAAUAUUUAGAGAUAAGAGAAGAUAAUUGUAUUUAUAUUCAAUUAAAAAUGCCUUCAAACACACUCUUCUAUCAUUUUGUAAUUAUGCAUAAUGGGUUCCUGAAAGUGAAGUUAUUGUUGCUUAAAACAGAAACAAUUUGUGUGUUUGGUAUUCAAUUGAAAACCCUGACAAAGUUACACUUUAUACAAUUAAAGGCGAUGUUGAAGAAAUCGAAAGAAUUUCUAGUACACCUACUUAAGCUGGUUCUACCUCUGUCAUUGUGAGUGAAGGUUAAAAUAAAGUUGCUUAUAAAUUGGAUUAAGCCUUAAUUGAAUUUGGAUUUGCAAUUGAAGGAAGAGACCUUGAAAAGGCAGCUUCAAUCUUAGAUAAAUUAGAAUUGACAUCUGAUACUGAAGCCAAUUGGAAAGUGUUAGCAUAGUUAUCUUUGGAAGAGUAAAAUUUAUCAGUAUCUGAACACUGUUAUGCUGCUUUGGGAGAUGUUGCUAGAGCAUCUUAUUUGAGAGGUAUUAAUAGACUCAUUUCUAAAUAUUAUGAAGAGACUGGUAAGAAGGAUGGAAUAUCAUAUUACAAAGUCUAGUCUAAAUUGGCUAUCUUAGAUAAAUAGUUUACUAAGGCUGAAGAAUUGUUGCUUAAUCAUAAUGAAGUGAAUGAGGCUAUGGGAAUGUAUUAAGACUUACAUAAAUGGGAUGAAGCUAUUAAAAUUGCUGAAAAGAGAGGUCAUGAAUAAGUUAAAGUGCUCAAAGAUAAUUACUAUUAAUGGUUAAUUGAAACUGGAUAAGAAUCCAAGGCUGCUGAAUUAAAGGAAAAUGAAGGCGAUUUUAUUAAUGCUAUUAAUCUUUAUUUGUAAGGUGGAUUACCAGCCAAAGCUGCCAAUAUUGUAUUUAAUUGCAAUAUGUCUUUCCCAUAAGACUUAUUAGAAAAGAUUGCCUCAUCUUUAGCCUAAAGUGGUAUGUAUGAGAAAGGUGGAGAAUUCUAUGAAUAGAUGGAAGACGAUCAACAAGCCUUGAAUUGUUACAUUAAAGGUAAUGUAUUCAAAAAGGCAGUCGAAUUGGCUAAAAGAAAAGAUCCUAAAUUGGUCAAGCAAUUGGAGGAAAGUUGGGCUAAUUAUUUAGUUGAAAACAAAGAAACAGAAAGUGCCAUUAACCAUUAUGUCGAGGCAGGCAAGUUUUAGAAGGCUAUUGAAGCAGCAGUCUACAGUAGAUCUUGGACUAAGGCCAUUUAAUUAUUAUAAAAUUAAUCAGCUGAGGUUUCAAGACCCUAUUACAGACAAGUGGCUAAACAUUACGAGGAUGUUAGAUAAUAUGAUUUUGCUGAAAAAUACUAUAUUAAGGCUAAUUCUCCUAUUGAGGCCUUCGAGAUGUAUGUAAAGGCUAGCAAAUGGGAUAAAGCUCUCUCAAUAGCUAGAGAAUAUUUACCUGAAGAAAUCGUUUAAUUAUAUUUAAAUUAGGGUAAGAAAUUUGAAUAAGCUGGUAAAUACAAAGAGGCUGAAAAGUUAUAUUUAACAGUCUAAGAAUAUGACACUGCUAUUUUGAUGUACCAAAACCUAUCAUAAUAUGAGAGUGUUAUAAGAAUUGCUAGCAAAUUCACUCCUUAAAAAUUAAAAGACAUUCAUUUGGGAAUUGCAAAGAAAUUAGAAAGAGAAAAUGUCCUCAAGAGAGCUGAACAACACUAUAUUGAAGCUGGUUCAUGGCAUUUAGCUAUGUAGAUGUACAAGACUCAUAAUCAAUGGGAAGAAGCAAUAAGAUGUUGUAAAAUGUAUGGAUCUGAGAAAGAGACAUGUUAAUAGGCUAAAUUAUGGGCAGAAUCUCUAGGUCCAGAUGCUGGAUUGAAGAUGCUUCAAAGAUUAAAUCUGGUUGAUGCUUUGAUUGAAUAUCAAUCAGACAGACAUGAAUUUGAAGAAGCAUUCAAAUUGGCUAAUUUGCAUGCUAAACAUAAAUUAUAAGAUGUUCAUUUCAAAUAUGCUUGUCAUUUGGAAGAUGAAAGAAGAUACAAAGAAGCUGAAGAGAACUUCAUUAAAGCAGGUAAAGCAUCUGAAGCAAUAAACAUGUACGAGCAUCUUGGAGAUUAUACCAGUGCAUGCUAUAAGAAUUGCUCGUCAAUAUGA